CUUCAUUUCAACAUACUAAACUGAAAUACUACUGUUUAUCUGCCAAUGCUGCCAGUAUUACCAAGAGUUGGCCCGUGUUACACCUAUGGGUAUCAUGCCUAGACGCUUCAUAGUCCCUCCUGCAAAUCAAAGCCACCAAUAAUGCAAUGCAGGUGGCUCUGCUCGCCCUAUGCCGCUCGCUAGGGAUGCACAUACAUACUACUUGGAUGGAUGGUCGCAUUCUUAUCUAUUUUACGAGAUAGGUUUCUUCACUGGUCAACAUUCCAGGUGGCGAAGUGCGUUACUUCCAUUUUUUCUUGUCUCUCUUGUACCUUUUUUGUUGUGGGUAUGUGUAUGGCUCGUCACACUGACGGCGGAGAUAUCCGAAAACGUCAUGCAGUCCAACUGCGAACGGCAACCCGAAGGCCCUGGCAUGGAGAAAAGACGGGUUCAACAGGAUCCAAGGGAGGAAUACAACCUCUAUACAAGGACAGGGAGAAAAAUUUUUCUCUUCACCGCAACCACUUUAUAGGGUGUGUCAGCAGUGGAAGCGACCAUCACGGCCAACCAUGCGACCUGUCAGACAUUCCGCUUGAAACCAUCGAAUUCAAUCCUUACAUUCCUGAUUUGGCCGCAAUACUUUAGAUCUCUCCUCGACCGCGCAACUUAAUCAAGAUGUUUUGUUUGUUUCAUCUCUAAGCCGCAGUUUUUUUCUGUUGUAAGGCAGUUCUUGUUGCUUCGCCAUGUGUAUGGUCCAUAUGAUUGUUACUUUCGAAAACGCUGUGCCAUUGCCUUCGACACCGUUGAUUG